GGGUUUCCUUCCCUUCCCGCCUUUGUGAUGAAGUACUACAUUUCCCAGAAGCCUUCGCUGACGUUUCUGGUCACAUGAGAUUGUAUAAAACGCGAACACGUGGGCUUGUACUCGUCCGUUUUGAAGGUGAAACGUUUGCCAGCCUGCCUCCUUGCAACCUGAAGAUGUCGACUCUGUCUGCUGCCAGCGUGGAGUCUGCUCCUGCUCCCGUGACAGAGAGCACUGAGCAGAAGAAGCCUCUGAAACCAUGCUGUGCUUGUCCAGAAACAAAGAAAGUCAGAGAUGCCUGCAUCAUUGAAAAGGGAGAGGAAAACUGCACAGACCUGAUUGAGGCACAUAAAGACUGUAUGAGGGCGCUUGGCUUCAAGAUUUAACUACUCCAUUUUGUGUGCGUCUGUGUGUGUGUUGCUGUGCGAGUGGAGGACAUCCCUGGAUAUUCCUUUCUUCUUCCCUCCCCCUCUUAUUUAUACCUUGAUGAGAAGGGAAACGUGAUAAUGAUGCUCUGAUGGUUUGAUCUUUUUCUGUGUGGAUUUUUUUUUUUUUUUUUUUAAGUCUGCAAAAUUUGAGAAAUUUGUUAAUAUCUAAAAUGCUGUCUAAAAUUGAAAUAAAAGUCCUAUGCAAUAAAA